CAACUUCAUCUCAUCCACUACAUUGAAGCCAUUGCCAAUUGACUAUCGACACCACUUGAGCGCCUCUACCUUCCACUGAGACCUAUAACUUCGACUCAGCAACCACCACCAUGUCGGCUCCUAGAUCAGCUCGCUGCUUGCGCCAAGCUGUCCGCAGCCUCUCGACUCGUCCUGCAGCUCCCAGAUACCUGUCAAGAUCAGCUCGUUGCGCCUCGACUCCUCAGAAUGCUAUCCGCUGCUUCUCCAAUGUAUCGCGCAACUUCAAGGGCAUCCUGCCCGACACCGACGAGCCCACAAUGAAGGAGAGAGAGCCUCUUCAUACCGUCAACGACCCCACGCCUAUUGAGAUCGAAGAGUACCACGAGAGAGCAGACCAAUACUUGGAAGAGCUUGUUUCCAGAGCCGAGGAGCUCGCUGAAGAGAAGCAGGAUGUUGACGUCGAGUUCUCUGCCGGUGUGCUCUCCAUCACCUACCCUCCCAAUGGCACCUACGUUAUCAACAAGCAGCCCCCUACCAAGCAAAUUUGGCUCAGCUCCCCCAUCAGCGGCCCCAAGAGAUUUGACUGGGUCGUCCUGGGCGAGUCACAGCAACAGAAGGAAGGCGCUGCCUCUGGUGACUGGAUCUAUCUCAGAGAUAAGACCAGCCUGACCACUCUGUUGAGAAAGGAGCUAGGUAUCACUGUCGGUGAAGAGUCCAACCGUCCUUGAUCCUUGAUUCGUUUCCACACAACUGUCGCGCAGCUAUUCUAUAGGUCCAGACUAAGCCUGCCAUAUCGCAUACUCAAUCUCAACCUUCAUGCAAGGACAAUGUCCGACCUAAUGCGAUUGAAUGUAGGCUCUCAUUUCUGCUUCAAACGCACCUACAGUGGGGAAAUCACCUUGACCAUCCGCCGUUGCCACGUCGCGACUGUUUCAACCACUCCUCUUGCCGUCACCAGAGUUCCCAUGUUUGUUUGCCCCGCGAACAGUAAUGAAACCGGUUACACACGGUUGCAACUUGAACUGUAGCUGGCAUCCCUUGCCGGAGAUUUGUUCUGUACAUCCACAUCUGCGCUAUCAAAAUUAUUCAUUGACAGGUAGGGUACACUACUACACUCAUCAACGAGUGAUAGCCUUGUGUCACUCCUGCACUCCGCACUUUACUCUCGUAUCCAAC